GUGAGAAUUUACAGUGUAACAUGGAAUUGAUCGUCUUUGACUAUGUAUCGAGCCUAUGGGGAGUGGAAUUGCACUGUGCCAUCUUCAAACGCACGGCCGCUCUUUGCCAGGGAACCAAAGCAUAUUUUCCAUGGAUGGACGCCGAAUGGCCGGUUUCCUCCACACUUCCUCGCCUUUCCUUCACCGCUCCAUUCCUCUCCCUCCCUCCCAUACUCCCAUACACCCCAAUCUACAAUUUGACUCUCCUCUAUUCUCCGUCUGUAGUACACGCCUCUUCCGUUGCUGGGCUCCCAGCAGGCCGAACGCACAGAGAACACUCACACCCGCCACCACAGCCCGCCUCUACCAUCUCUGCUCUCUGCGUGUCGGCGUAACCGUAAGAAUAUCACAGUACAGCCGGCCCCCAGGACAUGUUUCUCACCAGAACAAGAACGAGACCUGACCCUAACCACUUUCCCACGGCCCAGCUCUUUCUUCUUGCGCUCGUCCGAGUAGCAGAGCCAAUCGCACUCACCUCCAUCUUCCCCUACGCCUGGAAGCUUGUCCAACAUUACCAUGUGGGCUCCGAAGCCAACGCCGCCUUCUAUGCUGGCAUCCUCAUCUCCGCCUUCAGCCUUGCCGAAGCAUGCACCGGCAUGCACUGGGGCGCCGUGUCCGACCGCGUCGGACGCAAGCCUGUCCUACUACUCGGUUGCAUGGGAACCAUAACGUCGUUGAUGCUCGUAGGGCUGGCGCCCAACUUCUGGGUUGCACUGUUGGGCCGGAUAGUAGGGGGCUUGUUGAACGGGAAUGUCGGCGUCAUACAGACCAUGGUGGCCGAGUUGGUCGUGAACCCUGCGCAUGAGCCCAAAGCCUAUGCCAUUAUGCCUUUCGUCUGGUCUCUGGGAACCAUCAUAGGACCUUCGAUUGGCGGGUGUUUUGCCGAACCGGCUGAGAACUACCCUCACCUGUUCCCACCAACAGGUUUCUUCGCAAAAUUUCCCUUCGUUCUCCCAAACAUCAUCUGCUCCUCUUUACUUGUCCUUGCCAUCAUUGCGGGAUACUUCCUCCUCGAUGAAACCCACCCGGACAAGCAGCCAUGGAGCCGCCCGCAAGACCACCGGGAGCGCCGCGAGUCGGUAGCAUCCCUCCAAAUGCCAGGCGGAAACAUGAACGCCCCAGACUGCAUAGCUUCGGGAUGUUACGGCACCUUCGACCAAGUUAGCACCGAACGCGACCAAACCUGGCGUGUCACCUCCAACGGCACCUGGGUCAACGAAACAAAAAGCAACGAUAACGAUAACAACACCAGCGAAAAGGCCAUCACCAGACCUGUCGUCAUGUUCGUCGUGGCCCUUGGAAUCUUCACCUACCACUCCAUGACGUACGAUCAUCUCCUGCCUAUCUUCCUGCAGGACAAACGCGCAGACGACAUCUCCUCCUUCGCAACCAGUAAUCCCUUCGCCGGCGGCCUCGGCCUCUCCAUCCAAGACGUCGGCAUCAUCAUGUCCGUCAACGGCAUCAUUGCGCUUUUCGUCCAAGCCGUCAUCUUUCCGCUCCUCGCAUCUUGGAUCGGCGUUUGGCAGCUCCUCGUACUGGUGACGAUCGGUCACCCGCUAGCAUACUUCAUCGUGCCCUAUCUGCCUCUUCUGCCACCCAGUCUGGUCUACCCGGGCAUCUACGCCUGUCUCGCCAUCCGCAACCUCCUCGCUAUCGUCGCUUACCCCUUACUCCUCAUCAUGAUCAAGGAAGCCGUCCCCUCGUCGAACCACCUCGGGAAGAUCAAUGGCCUCGCUGCGUCCACGGGAGCCGCCUGCCGCUCCGUCGCUAGCCCGAUAGCCGGAUUCCUCUAUGGCAAGGGCAUAGAGAUGAGGUUCACGCCGCUGGCAUGGUGGGCGAGUAGCGUGGUCGCCCUCAUGGGGACGUUCCAGAUUCCGUGGUUGGCCAAGGAGGCGAGGGGUUUCACGGGGGCGGUGAAUGUGCAGGGACGGGGAUGUUUGGGCUGUCUGGGGAGGAAGAGGGAGACUUUCGGGGGCGGGAGGGAGGUGAGAAUUGUGGUGGAGGGAGAGGCGGAAGUGGAGGGCGAAACGACGCCUCUUGUUGCUGGCGGGAGGAGGGAAGGGGUGUGAGAGGUGCUAAUCUCGCUCCGGGAGAUUUAUGGAUACUCGUCCAAGAUUCCACAAAACAAGCAAGAAUUGGAACAGGAGGAAGGAAUGGAGUGAUACCCCCUUCAUGUAUCGCCGCUCUCCCUUCGAUAUAUGACGUAUUUACGGUAGACUAUAAAAUAAACAGUGUACAGU